GGGCGGGAAAGUGGUGGCAUGGCGGCGGCGCCGGGGCUGCGGGAGGCGCUGGAGCAGCGGUUGCGGGAUUUGGGCAUCGCUGCCACCACCACGGAGCACCCGGAGGUGGGGCCGCGCGGCGAGGCCCCGGCAAUGCUGCCCGGAGCCGUAGGCGGCCGUGCCCAAGGCUGCGGGUGGGCUCUGGGCUGCGUGAGGCGGGGGGCGGCCAGCCCGCGGCACGGCUUGGGGUCCCUUCCAACCCACCCGCUGCACGUACAGAGCGACUGAGGGAGGCAUCGGGAGCAGUAUGUCGCGUUUUAUUGGUGUUCUUUUAAAAUUUCUUCAUAAAAUGGUGUUCACGGUUGAAGAAAUGAUGGCCCACGUCCAACACUUGAAAGGAGGGCACAGUAAAAACCUUUUCCUUAAAGACAAAAAGAGGAAAGAGUUCUGGCUGGUGACUGUCCUGCACGACAGGCAGGUGGAUUUAAACCAUCUGGCAAAAAAACUUGGCGUUGGAAGUGGAAACCUGAGAUUUGCUGAUGAAAACGCCAUGCUGGAGAAGCUCCAGGUGGGCCAAGGCUGUGCCACACCGCUGGCUCUGUUCUGUGACCACGGAGAUGUGAGGUUGGUGCUGGAUGCCGGCUUCCUGGAGGGCGGCCAUGAAAAGGUGUAUUUUCAUCCAAUGACAAAUGGUGCGACCAUGGGCUUAAGCCCUGAGGACUUCCUGAAGUUUGUGAAAUCGACAGGCCACGAUCCAAUCGUCGUGCAUUUUGAUGAAGACAUUAAAUAGGGUCACAUGGCUCGGUGUUGAUGUUAUAGCGCAAAACUGGUGGGAGUCUCGUGAUAAAUACAGCUUGGAAGAACAGGGCUGCUCUUUUGUACAGUGUAACAUUUAGUGUAAGAAAAUACUACACUUGGGUUACUGAAAAUUCAACAGAAUAUUCUUGAGAAGAUGUCUGCAAUCUGCCAGCAUCCAGCAUGAUGAAAAGGCAUUAUAUAAAUAAUAAUAUGUUAAUAAAAUGCAUAAAGUG